UAACAAAAACAUCAUUACAGAAUGCUGAGAUUUAGCUGUUACAUAAUGCUGUUGGGAAGGCCUGUAAUAUAGCUUCCUAUGAGAUGCUGAUAAGUUAUCUUUGUAGUAAAUAUGUGUGAUUUAAGUAGUUACACCUGCUAUGUUGCUCUGAAGAGACGGUAUGUGUUUUUAGUGGGCCACUGAUUUACAGGUUUUUAGCAAUGCUCUAAGCACUGUGUAGAAUCCCUUCUCCUUAGUAAAAUAGUUUAUAACUGGAUGAAUGUGAUCAGGAUGUGGUGGGGUUUCUUUUGCUUUUAAUAUCAGCUAAUAAAUGGAUCUUCUUGUAAUCACAUCAAUAGUGUCAUAUUUAGUAUUCUGUACAUGUGUUUAAUAUACAGGUAAGUGCAGGAAUGUGGGGACCCAGGGAAAUAUAAGGUUUAGCAAGAAUUCAUGCUUUAGCCUGGGCAUAGUACUUGACAGGCAUAAAAUUCAGGUUGAGAUCCUUCCCUGCAAAAGCUUUCCAUCUACUAUAGACAAUGAGCGAGACGUCAAAUGAAUAGAGAAAAAAAAGUAGUGUGCUGUGCUGUGGAAGGCUUUUAGUAAGAGUAGGAAGUCUCUUACUGGAUUUUUUGGUUUAAUUUUUUGGAGGCAGGAGAAGGUACAGAGAACAUCUCAGAUGUUAGAGCAUCUUUUUUUUUCUGAGGUACAAGUUUUGGUGGAAUCUGAGCAAGCAAGAUCUGUGUGGGAAGUAUAAAGGAAGUUCCCCUUUCUAAAUCUGAGGUCAAGGGAGACUUUGCUGUGUCAAGGGAGGCUUUGAUGGCUUUAUUUUCUUAAAAUCUAUAGUGAAUUUUUAUGUGUUAUUGGUUUGCACCCUCCUGUGUGUUCAAAUGGAACAUGGUCUGCUCUAUGUAAUGAUCUUGCAACAUCAUUCCAAAAUGUUGCAAAUGCAUUAGAAGUCUGUCCUGGAAGAUGCCAAUAAUGCCAAGUGUUGCUAAGCCCAGCUGAGGGGGGGUUUUGUUUUGUUUUGUUUACUGUUCAAUAUCAGUUGUUAAACUUACGCAAUUACACAUCUCCAGAUUAAAUGCAGAACCUGAUGGAUGGCAAAAGCUACUGUAACUUCAUGGACAAGUUGUCCAUCUGUAGUGACACUCAGCACAUACAGCUGACGAGGUCUUUCUGUGCAGACCCUGUGGUUACAUUUCAUGUGUACCCAGAAGCAGCAAACCAGGUCACUUGCUCUGAAGAUCUGUCAUUCCUUCCUUUCAUGUCAGAGCAUCUCAUCACGGAAAGCUUCUACAGUGAGUCCUGCACCUUUCCCUAUCAACUGCCCCGCUCCAAUUACACCAGAAGCGAGUACUCCUACGGGCCAGCUUUCAUCAGGAAGAGGAAUGAAAGGGAAAGACAGAGAGUUAAAUGUGUUAAUGAAGGAUAUGCCAAACUGAGGCAUCACCUACCUGAGGAAUACUUAGAGAAACGGCUCAGUAAAGUAGAGACGCUCCGUGCUGCGAUAAAAUACAUUAGUCACCUGCAGUCUGUUCUGUACAGUGAAUCUGCGGUGCCAGAAAAGAGGAUCACGGAACCAAGCCAAGCACCCAAAGCGACUAACAAACAAAACCAGUUUUUGAAGACUAUCUAAAUUCUUCCAAACCAAGCAAAAGUUAUCCUGGCCAGGAAACUAAUAGCCACUAUGUUAUUAAUGGCAUGCAUGUCCUUGGUGCAUUUUAGGAGCAGAUCGUAUCACACAUCAGUAUUUAACCUGAAUAAAAGAGCUUUAAUUUCACAUAUACAGUUAUAAAAAAGGCAACUGAGGAAAUGACAUCUGAGUGGCUAAAGUUAAUUCAUGUAAAUUGGAAAAUGUCUACAAUUGUUACCAAACCAAAAAGGCAUACCUAUACAAGGAAAGUAACUAUAUACCGUCACACCAUACAUGUUUUUAAAUAAAAUAGAAUUUUUC